CCUUACUUAACGGACAUUAAAAAAAAACAAAUAGGCUUUUCAAUACAUUUAUUACCAACUGGUGACACUUGCUACACACAAAUUUGUUUUUUAAAGCGACCACACGGUAAUUUGUUUGUUCAGAAUGUACGCUUGUCGCACAUUGGCCCGAAGUGUAAGUGGAAGGAGUCCGCUCUUGAGGCAGAUGCUCUUAAAACACUCACUGUUCAGGGAUCGUUUUCUGGCCACCAAAGGAUCAAAGGAAAUCAAAGCGAGUGGACCCACGACAAUAGGGCCUGAAGGAAAUAUCAUGGUACCGCCCGUGACCCUGAAAGUAAUACCCUUUCGAAUGCAGCCCGAUUUGCCCUACGACGAUCGCAAUAUAUUGCUGGGUCGGCAGUUGUCGCCACACUUGACCAUCUACAAGUUGCAACUGACUUCGGGCUUGUCCAUAUGCCUGCGCAUUAGCGGCUUUGUCUUGGGUGUUUUCGUUUGGGCCCUGGGAAUCGCCGGACUCUGCAUGCAGGGCGAUAUGGAGGGAUUUGUGAAAAGGGUCGAGGACUGCGACUGUCACGGUCUUGUGACAAUGGCCAAGGUAAUUGUUGUAAUGCCAUUUGCCUACCACUUGGUCGCCGGCACUCGGCACCUGAUCUGGUACUUAAAUAAAUUCCUCACUAUACCGGAGGUCUAUGCCACCGGCUAUGUGGCUAUGGUCCUCUCGGUUGCAGUGGCUGCCGGUUUGCUAAUCGUGGACGUUGGCGAGAAAGUUAAGGAGCAGGUGGUAGAUCUUACCAAGCCGCAAAACCAGGGACAAAAACCACCACCAAAGAAGGACGAAAAAAAGGAGGAUGCUAAGAAAAAAGAUCCUAAAGAUGCCAAGCAAGACCACAAGAAGGAUACAAAGGGAAAAAAUAACGAAGUCGAAGGCAAGCCUGCUAAAUGAUCGUAAUGGAAAUGUUAAGAUUAAUUGAAAAAUAGAGCGAAUCAGGGAAUUUCAUACACAUUUCAAA